AUGGCCUCCCAGAACCGUGACCCAGCUGCCGCCAGUGUCGCCGCCGCCCGCAAGGGAGCCGAGCCCAGCGGGGGCGCCACCCGGGGCCCCGUGGGUAAGAGGCUACAGCAGGAGCUGAUGAGCCUCAUGAUGUCUGGUGACAAAGGCAUCUCUGUCUUCCCUGAAUCCGACAACCUUUUCAAAUGGGUGGGGACCAUCCAUGGGGCAGCAGGCACAGUUUAUGAGGACCUGAGGUAUAAGCUCUCGCUGGAGUUCCCCAGGGGCUACCCUUACAACACGCCCAUGGUGAAGUUCCUCACACUCUGCUACCACCCCAACGUGGACACCCAGGGAAACAACUGCCUGGACAUCCUGAAGGACAAGUGGUCUGCCCUGUAUGAUGUCAGGACCAUCCUGCUGUCCAUCCAGAGCCUGCUAGGAGAACCAAACAUUGAUAGUCCUUUGAACACGCAUGCUGCCGAGCUCUGGAAAAACCCCACAUCCUUUAAGAAGUAUCUGCAAGAAACCUACUCGAAGCAGGUCUCCAGCCAAGAUCCCUGA